AUGCAGGACCAACAGGAAAAGCAGAUUCCUUCUAAAGGACAGCAAAAUAACGGUCAUGAUCCAGAAAACAUUGCUGUGCAGACUGAUUCCGCCGAGCUGGUGCAAGUGACGGAAAAUGGUCUCAAAUUGUUCCCGCAACCAGUGGCCGGUGAUGCCUUGGAUCCCUUGAAUUGGUCCAGUGCGCAAAAGCACAUCAUUCUCGCCAUAGUAAUGGCUCUCUAUUUCAUGUUUACCUACAUAACCACAGUGACGGUACCAUCCUUCCCCGCGCUGCAGGACCAGUAUUCAGCCAGCCUCGAGCAGGUGAACUGGACCGUCGCCAUCCCGGCGUUGGGCCUGUCCCUCGGCCCUCUCAUAUUCGCCACCCCGGCCGACACCAUCGGGCGCCGGCCCAUCAUCAUCCUCGGCACCAUUAUAGCCCUGGCCUCCACCAUCGGCGCGGCCCUCGCCCCAACCCUGCCCAGCUACAUGGCCGCUCGCUUCUUCCAGGGCCUGGGAGUCAGUCCAGCCGCCAACGUCGGGCUUGCCGUCAUUGGGGAUCUGUUCCAUGAGCACGAGCGCGGAUCAAAGGUCGGCCUGUGGGUGCUCGCCAUCGACUCUGGUCUGCUUUUCGGGCCCCUGAUCGGUGGGUUCAUCAGCCUGGCGGGCCAUACCUGGAUACAAUGGUCGUGCGCGAUCUUCUUUGGUGCCAUCCUGCUCACGGAGCUGGCUUUCCUCCCCGAGACGCUAUACCCGCGGGACUUGAUGGCAUCCUCAUCGACGCUGAGCAGCUCCGACUAUGCACAGGAGAAGAAUGCUACCUCUACGCCGCCUCAGCUCGUGCGGCGAACCAAGGAGCUUCCCUUUGUCAACAUCGCACCCAUUCCCGGUAUUCAGCAUCCUAACCCACUCGACACCAUUAUUCGCUUCGCAAAGACUUUCAAGUACGCCGUCAUCCCGAUCGCCAUAGUGACGUACUGCUUUGCUUGGUACUGGUGGGUGUUGUCGGUGGUGACGCUGGUGCCCGUUGCGUAUCCCGAUUAUGCGCCACACAUUCAGGGGCUCUUGUUCAUCGGCCUUAUCGUCGGCACUUUGGUCUCAGAGGUACUCUUCUCCGGCAGGCUCAGUGAUCGACUAAUCAUCCACUUCACAAAACGCGGCGACGUCAAGACGCCCGAGAUGCGCCUUUGGCUCAUCUACCCUGCCGUGAUUCUCACCGCCGUCGGCCUGGUGGUGUGGGGAGUCAGCAUCGACGAGCAGUACCACUGGAUGGUGGGACAAGUGGCGUUUGCAUUAUUCGGAGCAGGGAUCCAAAUGGGCAACACGGCAGUCUGCGCCUACGCCGUCGACGCCUACCCGCUGCAGAGCAUGGCCGUCAUGACCUUUUACGCCGUCAUGCUCAACAUGUCGGCCUUUGUGGACCCCUUCUUCAUCGUGCCGUGGAUCGACACCGCGGGCUUCACCUGGGCCAUGGCCGGCCACGCCCUAAUCACCGCCGGCGUCUGCCUGCCCGUCUUUGCGCUGCUGCAUCGCUUCGGCGGACGACUGCGGCGCGCAUCGGGGGAGCCAGACUGGACGAAUCCAGAGUUUGGCGGUGUCAGGGGUUAG